CCGCUUGUAUAUUUUUUUGGCGGUUUCUAUAUAUUCAUGCUCAUUUGGAGUUGCGAGUUCAAUUCGAAACAACGUACUCUCGUUAACAAGUACAAAAAGAUUUUUUUAUUUAAUUUAUUAAGAAGCUAGUGACUAUUUAAAAUAUAUACAAUGGCCGAACACUCUUGGUUUUCCACAAACGUUUACAACGAGUUGCCACCUUUCGCCGUGCAUGCCGGCCACGAUUCCGACGGUGAUCCGAUCUACGUUGGUCGCGCUUUUCACAACGGCGACAUCUUACCCGCCAAAAUAGUGCCAAACAAGCAGCAAGCGUACGUGGCGUGGGGCGGUGAGGAGAUCAACAAGCAAGACGUCGAAGUGUUAACUGGCCACCAUUACGUCUGGGUGCCAGCCAGCAACGGUGAAGUGCCACCACACGCAUUGCGCGUCGGCCAUACCAGCGACGGUGAACCACUUUUCAUUGGACGCGGUCAUUGGGAGGGCAGUCUGACACCGGGCAAAGUGCAUCCAUCACAUGGCUGCCUCUAUAUACCAUAUGGUGGACGUGAACGUCGGCUCGACACCUACGAAGUGCUGGUACAACCUGAGACUUGGGUGAACUCAUCGGGUGACAACAUUGUACCCGGUACCAUUCAUGCCGGUAAUGAUGCCGAUGGCGAUGACAUCUAUGUGGGACGUGCCUAUCACGAGGGUGAUUUGUUGCCUGCUAAAGUUAUUCCCAGAAAGGGUUGCGCAUAUGUGGCGUAUGGAGGUCGUGAAAUUGUCAAGCAUGACUUCGAGUUGUUAGCCGGUUACGGUUAUGGUUGGGUACCAGAUGCAAAUGGCUCAGUGCCACCAGGCGCUGUUGUUUGCGGACGCACCAGUGACGGUGAGCCACUCUACAUUGGACGUGGUCACUAUGGCGGUAGCUUGACACCUGGCAAAAUUCAUCCAUCCCACGGCUGCUUGUAUAUUCCGUUCGGUGGUCAGGAGAUUACUCUAACCAAUUACGAGGUUUUGGUACGCGCCUAAAGAACUGACAUUUAUCAGAAAAAAAAAAACUUAUUUUUACAUUGACGACGACCACAUAACUCAAAAGCUUAGAAGCAAUGGAGCAUAAAGACACACAUUCAUAUAAAAUAAAUAACAUCAUAUUAAAGAUACAUACAUACAUGUACAUCAAUGUUCGUUUUUAUAUACUGAAAUUUUUUCUUAAUAAAUUAUAAUUUGAGUUAGAAAACCACAA